GCUAAAUCACGCCGUCUAGCCGUGGCAGCCCGUCGGGUGACGUAGGUUGUUGGGUUGUGGAUUGACGUUGUAAGUCUAUCAGCAUGAAGUCAGCAGCACCAGUGUUAUCAGCGGCAGGGCGACGGGCGCUCGCUCGACUGUGAACUCCGACACGGAAUCCCAUGAUAUAAAAACACAAAUAUCUCACGAGCUUUCCUUCGCUUCUCGUCAAAAAAACUGUGGGUGGAAUCUUCAGAUUUAAAGUCAUCUGGGAAGCAUUGAAGACUAUGAUCCACAUAUAAAAACCACUGCAUUCCUGAGACUUCUUCUGUGUAUCUUCCGGUCCCUGAAGACCACUUAGCUAUAUCUAUAAACAACAUUAUGGCGACUACUGAGAACAAGCGUCCAGACAUCCCCAAGGAGCAGGCACUUCUAAAAGUCCCAUUAAAGCGGUCGAUGCGAGACAAAGGCAUAGACGGCGCUCCCAUAAAGAAACGUGUGAUGGCUGCUCUCAAUCUAUCCUGCAAAAAAAUCCCAGAAACCUCUCUCGGCUAUCAGGUCUCCAAAGCGACGAACAGGAUAGAGGCCACUCCGGAUCUGAGCCCUGGUUUGAAGCACACUCUAGCGCAGUUCUCUCUGAGCAGCCAAUGUUCCCUCGGUGGCCCGGCUGCGUUUACUGGUCAUCAUGGUCAGUAUAAGCUGGCGCCCCCUCUGGCCCAGGGAGGUAUUGCAGGAGGGCCCCUACUAGUCCCCCCUGACAGCUCUACAGACCUCAGCAUCUGCUGUCUGGAGGGCGAGUCCAUCUCCUGCUUCUCUGUGGGAGGCGAACUGCGUCUUUGUCUGCCCCAGCUGCUAAACACCGUCCUGCGGGACUUCUCGUUGCAACAGAUCAACUCAGUGUGUGACCAGCUGUAUUUGUACUGUUCCCGCUGUGAUGCCACACAGUUACACAUUCUCAAAGUGCUGGCCAUCCUUCCUCCAGGGACUCCAUCCUGCGGCCUCAUCACUCUGACCGAUGCUCAACGUCUCUGCUACACCCUGCUGCAUCCAGGAGAGGAACCAUCUCUUGAUUCCCACAAAGGGCACGGGGCUGAAGAGGAGGAAGAGAAAGACGCCGAGGAAUCUGGAGGAUUUUGGGUGGAACACCAAUGUCUUGGCAAGUGUCAAGGCCUGCUUGUACCCCAGCUUUACUCCUGCCCGGAUGCGCCCUGCAUCCGCUGCUCCCAAUGCCGGAUGUUCUUCUGCCCGGAGCGCUUUGUCAUGCACUCCCAUCGACAGCCAGACAAACGCACAUGUCACUGGGGCUUCGAUUCUGCCAAGUGGGCCUGUUAUCUGCAGCUGGCACAAAGACACCUGGGAUCAGCGGAUGAAGAGAAGCUAAAGCAGUCUCUGCAGGAUAUGAAGGCGAAGUUCCAGCAGGAGAAGAGGCAGCCACAUAUAGAAGUAUCUUCACCUGCCUUUGUGUUUGACUCACGUUUGCUUGCCAGUCUUAAGGAGGAACCCGAUCAUGAUGACAUGAUGUGGCAAAGCUGGUACCAGUACACUCCUGACAAGCUGGCUGGGAACAACUUGGCACAACACUCUGAGUGUUUGUCUGAAAAGGAAAUGGGGUCUAUAGGAACAGAGGCACUGGGCGAUACUCAGGACGAAAAGAACCAGGAUGCACACGACACUGACCCAAAGACACCCACCUUUGCAGGGCAAGAAAAAAGUGGCCAGUCAGAUGAUGCCAGUCCAAAUGAAUGGCAGAAAGUAGAUACGUCAGCUAGUAAGCGGUCUGUUGGUGUGACUGUGGAUCACAGUAAGGACUACAUGGUGAUGGAACUCCUUCAGAUGUAUAGUGCUCAGCACGACAAACUUCAGUCAACACUAUGCAGACAGAAACAGCUUGAAAAGGAGCUGCAGGCUCUGCAUCAAGGUGAAGCCAUAGACCGCUGUGAUCUACACGGGGAGCUGGAGGCGGUUCAGACUGAGCAUGCUCAGAGGCUCGGUGAAGUCCAGCAGGAACAGAGAAAGUUGAAGUCCCGACUCGACAAGCUGAGGCAGCAAGGCUGCAGAUGCAAAGAACUGAAUACUGAGCCGCACCAGGAAACUAUCUAUGCCAAACAGUUAUCAGAACUGCGCCAGAGGCUGGACCGCGCUGAGGAAGACCGCGAGGAGCUGCAGGAAGAGCUACGCAGGGAGAGAGAAGCCAGAGAGAGGCUGGAACGUACCAUCUCUGAGCUCAAACAACAGAUGAGGGAGUCUCCGCACCCGGCUGCAAUGGACAGUUCCAUGUCUUCAGCCUCCAGUGACACAUAUGUCCCUGACGCCUUAGCGUGAUCUACGGUCACCAACCAGCAGCCUGAUUUCUGUGAUCAAAAUUCAUUUUGGAAUGGUAUCUCCAUUUUGGAACCGGAUGCCAAUGUAGUUUCUAUUGCAGUUCUACGGAACAAUUCUACAAUUAUGGGCCAUCCUGAGUAGGUUUGGGUUUUAUGCUGUGAAUUUGUUGAAAAGUUGAGUAACUAUUGAGCUGAACUGAUUCUUU